GACGCAGCCUUAACAGCGGCUCCAAGCCGAGCUGGGUGUCUGACGCUCCAUUACCACUCCCGUUCUGCUUCCGCUCUCAUCUUUCAUCAUGGUCGGCACACCACAGCAUACGCGGGCAGAUUCGAAGGGGGUCGUCGUCGAGCCUGUCAGCAGUCCCCGUGACCUAAAUCAAGUUUACUUCUGCGUAAGCGAAGCUUUCGGUAGCCAGGCCCGCGACGCCGUCUGGUUGGUCCUGAACCCGGGAUGGGACACGCCUCAGGGCCAAAAGGACGGCGCGGCCAAACUCACCAAACGCUGGAUGUCCACGAAGACGAACAACCAGGGCCGACCUAACACUGUCUUCCUCAAAGCCACAUUACCAGAUCCCCAGAACGAGAGCGAGCGCAGAGUCGUGGGCGCAGCAAUCUGGCAACAAGCCUCCUUCGUGGAUGGCCAUGGCGAUCCUCCGUCGGACGACUUGGGUAGCGAUCUGGACGGACUUGACCCAACGGAGCAACGAUUCGCUAGCCAGAUGUUCCGCUCUCUGUUCAAACGACGCAUCGAGUAUGCGAAAGAGAAAACCAGCGAAAAUCCCCCAGCAGUCUUCGUUCUAGACAUGUGCGCAGUAGAUCCGGCGUUCCAGCGUAGAGGCAUCGCAGGGAAGCUGGUACAGUGGGGUCUUGAAGAAGCGAAGCGGAGAGGUGGACUUGAAUGCACGACCGAGGCCUCCAGUAUGGGCAGGGCUGUCUACAUGCGGCUAGGGUUUCAGUCAGAGGGUGAGGGAGACGUGGAAUACGUUGUUGAUGAAGAGUUUCGGGCUCGUGACAAGCCGCCCAAUGUGUUCCUACGGACAGGCGCGAGCACUAUGAGCCUACAAUGAGAUAAAUGGAAUGAAGAGUCUGGAAUAUCUUGGUGGCCGUAUCUACGGACCAUGACAGUGACAAGGCCUCUCUCCGCGUUAACAUUCACACAUUCAGCUAACUGCUUCUGAAAUACUUCAAAACCAGAUCCACCCUCUGCUUUUG